CAGGAAAUCUUUCUGAUCGUAGAAUAGCCAAGAAGGAGAAAGCACUUCUGCAUACGAGAGUGUUUUUCAGUAUCUAAAAUUCAAGAUGGUCGAAAAGUAGAAGGAUCGAAGACUUUUCGGAGAAUAAUUCUUAGUUUUAAUUUUUCUACAUGCGCGCAACUUUUGUGAGUUUUUUCAAAGAAAAAUGUCGCUAAAGCACUUGAAAAUUUACCGUUUAUGACGAAAAAAACCAAAAACCUUUUGCGUAAACAACGGUUCUUUCAAAAGUGAGAACAUGACAAACUAAAGGUGAUUGUCUUCUACUUUAUCUACUAGUUUAUCAUGAGCGAAGGAGGGUCGAUGUGUUUUAAUCGAAAAGACAAUGAAAGAAGAAAAAUCUUCGAUUUUGGAAAGAUUUUCAUAAUACCAUAUUAAUGGCAUUCCAAUAAAUUUUUCUUUUACAUAAUACAUCAUUAUAUCUGGUUUUAAAUCUAGUUUUGGAAAUUUGCUUUGCAAAUUUGAGAACCAAGCUUCCGCUUCAAUUCCUUCAAAAUAUGGGAUGGUACUAACUACUGAUUGAAUUUGUCCUUCGCUUUGCUUUUGCAAUUGUGUUUCUUGUUGUUGGUGAAAAUCUUCGUCUUGAUUAUGUUUACUUUGUUCACUGAUAGAUACAUUUUUUGUUGUUACGACUGAUGAGGGUUGAUUAAAUGAAGUAAUUAGUUGUUGUUUAAAUUCAGUCCAAUUUGUUUGAAACGAAGAAGAAUUGUUAUCAUACCACUGCUGUAAACUUGGAUGUAAAUAAUCAUAUAUCAGAGAAACAAAUGUCCUUUCUUUAUAUUUUAAUGUUUGGAAAUAUAAUCUUCAGCUGUUACAAUCCAACUUGUCGGAUCAUCAAAAUUUUGAAGAUCUAAGAGUAAAAUAUCUUUUAAUAAAAUUUCUUCAAAUUGUUUAAAAUUAUCAACGUGAUAAUGUUUAGUUGUCGUUAAAACUCCAGUAUUAAUACAGACUCUUGGAGAGCAUGCUUUAGUUAAAGAAGAAAUUUCGCGUGAUUUAUAUGAUGUAGAAGAUUUAAUCGAUGAUGAUUUACGUGUAUGUUUAGCAAGAGGAAAAUCGUUACGAAGAUUAUGUAAAUUAAGAUUAGUAUUUAAUCUUAAAGAUUGGUUCAUCGAUCAUGUUCUUAUUGUUAAAGAAAUAUGUAAAUUAUAA